AUGAUGCGCCCAAGCGAUCCCCGAUUCCGCCAAACCAUCAACCAGAUCUCUCAGAACCUCGAGUCCGCCAAUGAAACUGCCCAAGAAGGCAUCUAUACCUUUUCGCAUAACUAUAUCGGCCCGUGCUUUACGAGCAUAAAGAACAACGUUCAGUCCUGUACAUCAUGUUGUUUCCCCAGCCGCGAGGACCAGUUACGUCGUCGUAGGCGUGGCAGGUCAAGAGGUCGAGCAGAGCUCAACUUUGAUUUCUAUGAUGACUGGGACUACGAUGAGGAUGCUACGGGAGAUGCACUGUUAGGCUGGGGAAACGAUGAAUUGGAUAGGCUUCUGGCUGGAAGUGGUGGGGCACGAAGCUCAACUGAGCAGCCACGAAGAAAUCGCCGCAUGAGCUAUGGCGCUCGUGGUGGCCUUCGAAAAAAUACUGGGUUGUCAAAUGAAGAAAGACACGACCCCACUGUUAUACCUAGUUCUUCUUUCCUUGGAUUUUUGGAACGCUUUUCCUGGCGGAUAGGGGCGAGAGGAAUAAGAUACAGGCCUUCUGCGGCCGACUUGCAAGAAAACCCAGGAGGCGUACGACGGGAUACUUUGGAGGCGGAACCGUUAAUUGAGGGGAGCGAUGGGAGUGACCACGAGGGAUCGAAAGAUGAUGAAGGCCUACCUCCGAUGCAAAGGAGAUCGAGGAGUGAAACACAGUCAUCCCGUGGAACAAGCAACUCCUUAAGUUCACGGGGUGAUCUGAUACCUAGUGAAGAAGAAGACGCUGUUCCUCUUGAUGAUGAGUUUGCAAUGACACUGAGCCGUCGCGACACUGGGGGCUCGGGAUCGCAAGAGCCGCCUUCCGCCAGUAGGGCUACUUCCGGAACUUCGAUGAAAACUACCUUUUCAUCCAAAGGUUCGAGAAUAUCCGGCAAGGCGGAAGGGAAACGAAGGAGGAAUUCAAAAAGAAAUCCCUCUUCAACAUCCCCACGGUCACCGUCGCCUGAUGGUGAAAUGAUAGAAACUGUGCAAAUUCCCUCUAUGCUAGACCUUAAGAGAGAGGAGGAGCAGGCUCAAUAUGACGAAGAAAUGGAGAUCGAGCGGAAACGACAGGCUGCGCAAAAGCUGGCACGAUCACGAGGACUAUCUAUCAAUACAGAUUAUCGAGGGCCUGAAAAUGAAAAUGACAAUAUCCAACAAAGUCUGCAACACGAGCAACGCCAUGAUGACCCAAUUCAAGAAAUGCCUUUUACCACGCGGAACGUACCCCCUACAUCGCCGGGGCAGAUUUCACAAUCAACUGAAUGUGACGACCUACCUCCAUCAUCAAGCGCAAACCCUCCGAAGAAAGAACCAUGA